UUCAGUCCUGCAGCUGAAUCAUCUGGAACUGCACCCAGGCUGUGUGUGUGUGUGUGUGUGUUUUUCUCUAUUGACCACCCACCCUCUCUUUCUCAGCUGUUCGGGCACGAUCUGAGCUACUGGAUCUGUGUGUCUCUGUGUGGGUCUGUGUGUGUGUAUGUGUGUGUGUCUGUGUGUCAGGGCGCAGCUACGUUUCUGCUGGAUGCGUCAUCUCUGUGAGGAGCAUGAGUCACAUGAGAGAUUUUCUUCAUUCCGUGUUUAACAGCGGAAAACGAAAACAACGGAACGAUAAUCAGCAGGGGAAAGUGCAGAGACAGCAGAGCCGAAGCCUUUAGCUGUUAACCGGUCUAAAUCAUGUGUUUCCUCCAGUGGAUGUGGUCUCCACUGGCUCUGAUCCAGAGACUCUUCACCUCUCAGCAUCAUCACCAUCCUCGAGGUGUGACCCAGCAUGGCGAAGUGGAGCCGCCUGUGUUUUUCGACCUGGAAACUACAGGACUGGACACCUCAGGAUGUGAUAUAGUUCAGCUCUCAGCCAUCAGCGGCGACAGGCUUUUCAACGUCUACAUGCUCCCUCGCUGCAGAAUUGCUGAAGGCGCAUCAAGAGUUACAGGUCUGACCAGCAAGGGUCAAAAACUUUUCCUUCAUAAGCAGCCAGUAGAUACCGUCCCAAUAAAGGAGGCCUUACAACUGUUCAUCUCUUACCUGAGGACCUUCAACAAACCUCUCCUCGUGGGACACAACAGUAAACGGUUUGACUGCCGCAUUCUGCUGCGGAUUCUGGAGGAGUUCUACCUGAUAGAUGAGUUUUUGGAAGUGGUGUCGGGUUUUCUGGACACACUACUUCUGAGUAGAGAGAUGUUUACGCUGCCGAAGUACUCUCAGCCCUUUCUGGUGGAGCAUUUCCUCCAUAGGGGCUAUGGAGCUCACAAUGCUACUGAGGACGUUAGAGCACUGCAGGAUCUGUACAGAGUGUGGAACCCAAACAGACAGCUGGUCAAUAAGCACACGUUUAUCUAUCAGACUCAGGAGUGAGGUGGUUGAUUCUUUUAACCCCUUAAAAUUUAAGAUCACCAGCAGAUUUGCUUUUUUAUAUUUGUAACAACAUUCCCUGAGUUUUAUACUAGUAAAUUAGUAAUAACAGCUACACAGUAGUUAUAUAAUAAUUAAUUUGGUUAUUUAAUUACAAACUCGACCUUGGUGCUCAGUAAUGCACCUUAAGAAUAUGAACUGAAUUAUGAGCCCAGUGUACAGAUAUCGAGUCCAUCUCUGUUAAUUCUUUUGUUGAAGUCUUACUUGUGCAUCUGCUGAAUGAUUGCUAUUGAUGUUGCUUCUGCUCCGUUUUACAACAUGAACUAUAUGGACAAAAUUAUUGGGACACCUGCUCAUUUAUAGUUUGUCCAAAUCAGGGAAAUAAAAAAAACUAAAUGUUAUUCUCCUUUUUUGGAGUAACUGUCUCCACUGUCCAAGGAAAACCUACUAUUGAAGCGUUGUUGUGAGGAUUUGAUUGCAUUAAGCUGCAAGGGCAUCAGGGAGGUCAGGAUGUUAAGGCAUCACCACAUCACCCUUUACUUAUCACAUAGCGAUAUUUCCCUACAGGAACUAGAUAAGGUGUGUGUAAUAAUGUGUGUGUUUGCAAUAACACAUCAGUGUCAGUAAUUAAAAUGAAUGUCCACAAACAUUUGAA